ACUGCUCCAGGCCCGGGUCUGUCCCGGAGCACUGUCCUGCUCCCGCUGCUGCCCUUGAACAUGCCUCAGUCCUUCAGUGCCUUGGUCAGCUAUACGCUGGGGAGGCCUGCCCCCGCCGUGCCGGGAGACUUAGCCCGCCUCCAGCUGGGCCGCCCCCGGCGAGUGCUGCUGGCCCAUCCGGCCCACGCUGCAGCAAGCCUGCUGCCGGUGCUGGACAACGGGGGUGCUGGCCUGGAGCUCGACUCAAUGUGUGAGUGGCGCCAGAGCGUGGGCCUGGCGAAGACUGCUCAGCGGCGGCAACAGGGGCGCUGCAGCACGGCCAGCCUGGCUGCAGCUACGGAUCCGUACCCCCAGGCAGACAGCUGGUACCUGAGCCUGCGCUGCAACCCUGUGCCAGGAGCCUUGCAGCGCCAGGCUGUGUUUGGCAGGUUCGAGCCCUGCGCUAACGUGACAGCGGAGGUGUAUUUACGGACCUACCUCUCCCCCUGCAUCGAGGACUGCGGCCCCUACGGCCAGUGCAAGCUCCUGAGCACCAACAACUAUCUGUACGCGGCCUGCGAGUGCAAAGCAGGCUGGAACGGCUGGGGCUGCACGGACAGCGCCGAGGCCUUCUCCUACGGCUUCCAGCUCCUGGCCACGCUGCUUCUGUGCCUCAGCAACCUGAUGUUCCUGCCGCCCGUGGCCAUCGCCCUGCGGAGCCGCUACCUGCUCGAGGCCUCGGUCUACGUCUUCACCAUGUUCUUCUCCACCUUCUAUCACGCCUGCGACCAGCCGGGCAUCGCCGUGUUCUGCAUCAUGGAGUACGACGUGCUGCAGUUCUGCGACUUCCUGGGCUCCCUUAUGUCCGUCUGGGUCACCGUCAUCGCCAUGGCGCGGCUCCAGCCCCUCGCCAAGCAGGUGCUGUACCUGCUGGGCGCCAUGCUGCUCUCCAUGGCCCUGCAGCUGGACCGCCACGGGCUCUGGAACCUCCUCGGGCCCAGUCUCUUCGCCGUGGGGAUCAUGGCUAUCGCCUGGACGGCGCGCAGCAUCCGCCGGCGUCACUGCUACCCCCCCACGUGGCAGCGCUGGGCCUUCUACCUGGGCCCGGGCGCGCUGAUCGCGGCGGGCGCCGUGCUGCUCUACGCCUGCGUGGAGACGGAGGAGAACUACUUCUACAUCCACAGCAUCUGGCACAUGCUGAUCGCCGGCAGCGUGGGCUUCCUGCUGCCCCCGCGCCCCAAGGCCGCCGGGCACCUGGGCCCCCUGCCCCGCCGCAAGGGCUGCGGCUACCGGCUCUGCGUCAACGAGCUGGAGGAGCUGGGGCUGGUGGGCCCCGCCACGGCCUCCGUCAGCAGCGUCUGUGCCAGCUGACAGCGCCAGGCCCCCUGGCCUUUGCGGGCACCACGCUGGGGGCGUGGGACAGAGCAGCCCCAGGGCGAUGGACCCACAGCGAGGGGCGUCCCCCCCCACUGCCAUAGUCACCAGCCUCCGGGGAGGGCCUGAGCCCUGUGGCACCCCCGGGUGGUCUCUGCCUGCUGCUGCCCCAAGGACUGGCUCAGCCCUCCGCUCACGGUGACGGGGCUGCGAAUCCCCUGCUUGGGGCAGAUAUGGGGCUGCCGCGGGGCAACACAGGGCCGCAACGCCACGCCCAGCCCAGCCCGGCUCCCUCCCGUGCCACGGCCCCUGCCUCCCCGGCCGGGCGGCUCUGCUGUGUAACUGCAAUUACAUCCCCCUGGAACUUGG